AUGGGUGAUGAUUGGACUACAGAAUUAAAGAAGUUUUUGGAAAAGCAUAAAGUUACUGGAAGUGAACUUUUUAUGCUAAAUAACUAUAUGUUUUCUAAUUUUUAUGUUGAAGAACUCAAAAUUACAUAUAAUCUUUAUAACAUUAUCAGACAACUUUAUACAAAAACAAUAUAUAUUCAAGAUUAUUUUAGUAAUGAUUUUUUUCAAACAGAUAUACAAGAUGAUUUGGAAUUUCGUCUAUUUUUAAGAAAAGCUAAAGGAAAAGGAUUUGUAUCUAUUAAUGAUAAUAAUAAAAUUCCAGAGCAUAUUAUAUCUUUAAAAGAUCUUCAACAUAAUCAAUACUAUUAUAUUAUUAAAGAUUGUUAUUCACAAAAAGAAAGAAAGAAAUAUAUAUAUCCACAUCAUACUUUAAUCCAUUCAAAUAAAAAAUCUGAUUUUCAAAUUAAGGAAUUUAAAUACUGGUCAUCAGAAGAGGUUAUUGAAUUUUUAAAAAAGGAAUUUGAUAAUUAUUGGACUACAAAAGUGGAAUAUUAUUUUAAAAAUAUGAAAUUUACUGGAAAUCAUUUAUUAAAAUUAAAUUUAAAUAACAAAAUAAAUCAUGAUAAAAUAUAUAAUAGAUUUUUACCAAUUAUGACUAAUCUAAAAUUUCAAGAAAUUAUUCGACAGUUACAAGGUAAUUAUAAUAAUUUCUUAUAA